AUGGAGGACCCAGGCCUGUUAAGUGCAUUUCUAGAGAACCUCGUGUCGAGAUUGUUCUCGCUGGCGGAGGAGAAAUACAAGUUGUACAAGGGCUUUGAAGGAGAUCUGGCUUUUCUGAAGAGCGAGCUUAAAAUGAUCACUAGUGCCAUUGAUGGGCAGCUCUUGGGGCAGGAUGAUCACAUACUGCGUUUGUCCAUUGAAGAGUUGCGACAAUUAGCUCAUGAAAUGGAGGACUGUAUAGACCACAUCGUGUAUGAUGCAUCUUGGGAACAGCAACAGCCAUGGUACUGUAAAAUGGUCAAAACUGGGAAGAAGAGAAAAUCACGUUCACAGUUAGGCGAAGAGAUGCAGCAACUAAGGUGCAGAUUGGAGGAAGCACUCCAACGGCAACAGAGGUAUUCAGUGUCCCGUCCAUCCACAUUCCAGCCAGCAGAAUCAUCCUUGAAUCAGCAUAUCCUUCCGGCUGAUUUGGUUGGCAUCAAGCCACCCCUUGAGGAGCUUCUGGGGCAGUUGGCAGAAUUUGAAGGUCAACCCAAGCAGUUGAAAGUGAUCUCAAUAGUUUUCUACCACCCCUUAGACAACAGAAGACAGUUGCCUACUUAA